GUAGGAGAGCACGCUGAUGUUUAAGGCAUUCAAAAACUUUCGGUCGGGCUGAUAUGAAAACAGGAUUACAACUUCAACAAACGUCAAACCGAGUAUAUGACAGUGAUAAAUAAUUACUACGAUUUGCAUUUCGUGAAAAGAAAUUAAAAUAAAAUUACUGAGGAAUAUAUUAACACACAAACAAACAACAACAUAGGACUAUGACAGUGUUGAAUUUCGGACCCUGAAUGCGUUUUCAUAGAGCCAAAAGUAUGACGUCAGUCGUAGAAGCCGUUUUCCUUCUUUUGGGUAUCGUCUGCUGCAAAAUUUCGUCUGCUGAGGAUUCAACAAUAUUCUUUAGCGAGAGUAUCCCAGAGAAUAAGGAAAGUGGGUUUUUCAUUGGAAACAUUGCGACUGGGACUCAAGUCCUUCAGAAUGCCACGGAAGAUGAAAAGAAGGGUGCAAAGUUUACUUAUUUGAAGAGUUCGGCGCCAGAAAAUGUUUAUUUUGAUCUGGACAGUGUCACUGGUAAUCUGAAUACAUCGGAUACUAAAAUUGAUCGUGAAACAGUCUGUGAAUUUUCUGUAACAUGUAAAAUUACUUUGGAAAUUGCUGUUGCAUACGGUAAAUUUUUUGGUUUAGUUACCGCUGAUAUCUUUAUUCUAGAUGAAAAUGAUAACGCUCCUAAAUUCACUGACGAAGUGACUAAGUUAGACAUUUCCGAGGAUGAAUCCAUUGGUACUGAAUUUAGAAUUGGCACAGCGUUCGAUGCGGAUAUGUCGGGAAAUAAUUCGAUUCAGGACUUUUCAAUUGAACAGCCGGAAGAACUGUUUGAACUUAAAGCUUCCAAAGGAAAUGAUAACAGUUUCAGUUUCAAAUUAAAACUUCUGCAAAAACUAGAUCGGGAAAUUAAUGACAAGUAUCGUGUAAAAGUUAUUGUAAGCGACGGAGGAAAUCCAGUUCAAAGUGAAUCCCUUGAAAUAACUGUAAACGUUCUGGAUGAAAACGAUAAUAGUCCUGAGUUUUUAUCAACCGUUUAUAACAAAACUAUCGACGAAAACAUCCCAAUAAACUCAGUUAUUCUUACAAUAUCAGCAUCUGAUAAGGAUAUAGGCGAAAAUGGCCGAGUUACUUACAGGAUACGAGAACGGCAGUCCGAUAUAGACACUAUCAAAAGGCUCUUUAAGCUUGAUGCAAGUUCUGGUGAUUUGUCAGUUAUUUCUGAUCUCACAAGCGAGCCCUCUGAGUAUUAUGAAUUUUUCGUUGAGGCAACCGACCACGGGUCUGUUCCUUUUGUAAACCAGACUGUUGUUUCUAUAACAGUUAACGAUGCUUUAAACAAUCCUCCUACUAUUGAAGUAAAUCUCCUCUCUCCAGGGAAUAUAGGAUUCGUCAGCAUUGAAGAAAACCAACCAAAUGAAGUAUUUGUUGCUCACGUCAACGUUGAAGAUUACGACAAGGGCGAUAACGGAAAAUUCACGUGCGAUAUUAAAAAUAGCCUAUUCACAUUAGAAAAAUUUCAAGGUCGUGGGUUUAAGGUUGUUGUUGAUGGUCUUUUAGAUCGCGAAGAGAAAGAGAUUCACACUGUGAAAGUUGAGUGUGCUGACCUAGGCAAACCACCACAGGUGUCUUCGUCAUCAUUCGACGUUCGUGUGUUAGACGUUAAUGACAAUGAUCCGAAAUUUGAAAAAGAGAUAUAUAAUGUUGUUAUCGCGGAAAACAACCCAAUAGGUGCAAAUAUUACCCAAGUUAAAGCAACAGAUAGAGACCAAGGACUGAAUGGCACAGUCGAGUAUAUGCUGUUAGAUUCUAAUGGACAAUUUCGUAUAAACAAUGCAACUGGACAUAUAUUUGCAAACAAAAGUUUUGACAGAGAACUCAACAGUUUGAGAAUAGUGAAAGUUUUAGCUGUUGAUCAUGGUCCCAUCAGACGUUCUUCUACUACAACCGUCUCCCUGACCUUGACUGAUAUAAAUGAUAAUGCACCGGUCAUGAUUCCUGCCCGACCUGAGCUGAGAGUAGCCGAGAACCAGGCUGCAAACACUUCACUCGGAUUUCUACAAGCCAAUGAUAGUGACCUUGAUAUUAAUGGAAUGUUUACCUUUGCUAUUACACUAGUGAAGCAGACGACAUUCCCCUUCACCAUAUCACGUGAUGGUGAAAUCAAGACUACACGGCCUUUAGACAGGGAGAAAAUAAAAAGGUACGACAUACCCGUGACCGUUACCGACCUUGGUGUAAACCAAUUGAGUAACACUCAGCUUGUCACUAUUUUUGUUACGGAUGAAAACGACAAUGCACCAAACAUUACUUUCCCAAAUGAUGUCAAUAACACUGUUAGAUUUAUUUACCCGGUAGAUUCCUACAAUGUCGUUACAACAGUGGCCGCUUAUGACCUCGACGCUGGUGAAAAUGGGUCGCUUAGUUUUCAUAUCAUUGACGGUAAUGAAUUAGAUAUUUUUGAAAUCGAUUCUGAGCUUGGCGAAAUCUCCAUCAAGAAAUAUGUAGACAUAAAAGAGGACAUCACUGUUAUUCUAACUACGGAAGUCAAGGACAAAUCCAGUGUGCCUAAGUCUGCGCGUGCUACGCUAAAAAUAGAAUUGAUCUAUGCGAAUUCAACAGUUGGCGCUUCUGGAGCAGACGAUACAGGGAAUAAAUAUAUUAUAAUCUCAGUUGUUGUCAUAGUAACAACUGUUGCUGUGGCAGUUGCUAUAGUUGGUGCUAUCCUGUUUCUUCGUUCUGCUGAUAAAAAGAAAUCACAAGAAGACGAAAUGGCGAGGUACUCCGAUUCUGGGAUUUCGUCAACAGCCGAUUCUAUUCGUCAAGAUGGAUAUUUGUCUGGAAACGUUGACGAUAAGUCUAAGAAGAAGAAAGAAGUCAGUUUUUCCUUAGAGUUUUCUUUAGACGAUCUAGAAGGCGGACGCAACAACGAGAGCAGUACUGACGAAUUUUCUCAAAACAGAUUUUAUGAUGCUCCUCCUAUGACUACUCAGCACGGUCCUCCGACUUAUAAUCUACAAAACCAAGAAAGAAUUGAUGGUCACAUGAAAGCUUUGAAACUUCAACAGUAUCUUUGGGAAGCAAAGUCAAGAUCCUGGGAAAACUCAUCUGUGCACCAGCUUCCACCCGGUGACAGCGAGAGUGAAACGUCACGUGAAACAGUCACGUGUGAUAGUGGGCGGGGCGGAAGCGAAGAUGAUGUUUCAAUGUCUUCCCCCAUAUCAGAAGACAAACGUUUCUUCAGCAUUCAAGACGCCAAGCCCAAACAUGUGCAGUUUCAUCCACAACAAAAAUUCGUUCAUACGUCACUUCCGACAGUAAGGGAGAGUACUCCUGUUCAUCACAAUCAACCACCGCGACCACCUCCACCCGUUUCAUACAGACCCCCAUCUCAAUCAGACAUUCAAAACAAUGCACAGAGAAAUAAUCCGAGAUUAGCUAUUAAAAACUUUACAAAUCCUACAUAUAGCUCAAAUCAUGCUCAUACUCAUCAAAUGAACCAAAGAAACUUACAAUUGCAGUCGGAACCAUGGCGGGAAUAUUACCAAAAUGGCGGCAAAUAUUAUCCGCGCAUGCGUCAUGACAGCGGAAGCUCAAUGAGAUCAAAUGAAGAUGAUGGCGGAUCUACAACUACUUCCGGCAGCUAUACUUUAGAUGAAAACGAUAUUGACGUUACUGACAUGUAUCCAAACCAAAGAGAUUUGGUUGUGUGAGGAAAUUUAUUACAUUAAAAAUUGCUAAAACUGUGAUAACUUUUUAUUCUCUGUGCAAUUUGUUAUAAUGGAUAUCUUCUGGACAGUUCAUAAGAUGCAGAACUAAAACAUAAACGUUGCAGGCAAUUCCAAUGAGAUUGAACAACUAGCUGUGACAGAUAUAUUGCAAGAUCAUGCCAAAACUUUCUGCCGUAUUGAAAUUGAGAUAAAAGAAAAGGGCAGAAAAAUCGAAGUCCUUAAAUGGAACUGUUGAUGAGCGGCUGGCAAUAAACAGUUGGCAUGAUCUGUUGAUAUUAUGGAUUUAAUACACAGUGACUUGAAUAGGAAACACAAUAGAGACUGUUACGAGAAAAGGAUUGUAUUGUUUAGAACUUUUGGUGCUGUAUUUGGAUAUUGACAAACCCUCAUUUAUUCAUUUUAAAACUGCAUUUGUUUUACACGGUAUCAUUUGUAUUUGUUUAUUUUAUUGUAAAUGUGCUUAUAAUAUACAUGUGUUUUUGUUAAAUAAUGUAAAGAUUCUGUUCCUACUAACUAUUAAGGUGCUAUUGUGAAAUGAUUUUAUUAUGUGUUCCUAUCUGAUCUGUGCAUUUUGUUUAAUUUUGUCUGGCACGUUUGCUCAAUUCUUGACUAAAUUGAACCAUUUUCAACCUCAUUUUGAUACAAAUAGUAUUAAAACUAUAUGAAGUUUAUGAUAUACCUGAUACAUGAAAUAGCUUUGACGUAAAAUUAGGUAUAGAUUACCAAAAAUAGGUAUUAAUUACCAAAAAGAGAUAUAAACUACCCAAAGAAUUUAGUUUAUCUGAAUGAUAUGCAUGUGUAUGCACUUUUGUUACUCUCUGCAUUUGUUUUGAUGUGUUUCUUUUUUUUGGAUUUUUUAUAUAUAUAAUUCAAAUAAUCAAACCAAUCUGGAGCUUCUUUGUGAAAAUGAAGCCCUUUUUUAUAGACAGCAAAAAUGAGGAGAUUUUUGACAUCUUAGUCCCUAAAAAUGUAGUUAAAGCAGUAUUUAACAUUAUGUCAUUUAAGGCACGAUUACUGAGUGAGACACAACUUUUAAAACCUUUUGACACAAAAUCAUCGUUUCUGCAUAAUAAUUAGGUGAAAAAUGAAUGUUCCUAUUACCAUUAUGUGUUUUUGUUGAUGUUUUUGUGUUUAAUUUGACUGAUUCAACGCCGAUUUGUCAUAAUCGGCGGUAUUUUUACUGCUUUGAAGUAAUGUUAUAAAUGGUUUUCAGUCAUGUACAACAUGGCGGAGUAUAAUACAUCAUGUUUUAUAAUUAGACAUAUGUUUUGAUCUCAGCUUUCUAAUACAAAAAAAUAAAAUGAUAAAUCUUA